AUGUUCCGUAUACUUGACAGCAUUUCUGAAGAGUGCGCACAAAUAGACGAAAGGAAGUCGAUGGUUAAUCAAUUGUGGUCAGACCUACAUAUAUGCAUGGGGUUGGCUGAGAAGCACGUUGACCAUCUUGUUGAGUUUUCAAAGAUAAUUGAGGCACAUAGGCGGAAACUCGUGGAAUAUCAGGAGAGUGACUCAUCAGGCAAUGACAUGGGGCACGUUUUUGAAUCGUUUGUUGGCAUGUCCGCGCCAUCAGAGGUAAGCAUCCACCCGCCUACACAAUCAAAAAACAAAGGUAGUGGGAGAAGGAUGAAAACCAACAAGGAGAAGUCGAUCGAGACAAGCAAUAAAAAAAGAAGGAUUUGCAAGUCAUGUGGCGAGAGGGCAGGACACAAUGCACGAACAUGCGCUAAGAAGCCGUAA